CUUACCUUUGUGACAGAGAGACAUUGAUGUGCACUUUAUAUUUUUUUUUUUGAGAUUGUCAUAAUUCAAAGGCAGUUUAUUUUUUAUUUAUUAUUUGAACUUUUUGAUCUAUUUUAUCCAUGAUAUUAUAAAGUUUUUAUUGCAUUAAUAUUUUUGUACUAUUACGGCUAAUUUACAAUUUUUAUAAAUUAUUUCUAAGUGUUUAUAAAUUAUCUCUUAAUUAAAAGUAAAAUAUGAAAUAUUUAUGAAAUGAUAACCUAGCAAUAUGGAUAAUUCUAAGGAUUUGCUUACUAAAGUAGCUCUUGUAGAGCGUAAUAUUAAACCACAAGGUAUUCUGCUAAAUGAUCCAGAAUCAGUAGCUAAAACAUGUCAACAAGACUUAAUUACAUUGGCAACAGAAAUUGAAAAAGCAGACAACUUUAUCAAAGCAAAUACCUGUAGCAAGUUGCAAAUAAUUGUUGAGCAAAUAAAAGCUCUAAAGAAACAAGCUGAAAAUAUCCUCACAGAAGCAGAUUGGAAUAUGAAAUUACAUCAUGUUUCUUGUAAUUUUGUAAAACAUCCUGGACAUGUAUAUCAUUUAUAUCAAAGAGAAACUGGACAACUGUACUUUUCAAUGAUUAGUCCAGAAGAAUGGGGUAAUUCUGGACCAAUUCAAAUUUAUAAAGGUUCCUACAGAUUAGAACAUGAUCGUUCAUGGACAUCUUUAGAGGAAAUUGAUAAAAAAAAUAAAGAAAUAACUAUGUUGGCCAAUCUUUGGUCUAAUAUUUCAACUCCUACUUAUAAAAGUCUUGAUUUAAAUGUAAAUAUGUAAAAAUAAUAUAUAAUGUAUUCAAUUUAAAUAAAUUUGUUCAUUUCAAACAUGUA